AUUGCAGCUAGCUGGUGCUUAGUACCCUUUAGGGGCCUCAUGGCAGUGUGAUGCAGACCUGAAAGCUGUGAUUAAAAUCUAGAGUCUAUCUAGCCUAUGCUGGUGUUUUCCCUCCAGUGGAUUGAUUCCGUAGUAGGCUGAUGUGUGUUAGACGUGUCGCUGAGACAGGUGUGAGCAGUUUGCAUGUGAGGGCAUUUAUUCUAAAACGGUAAUUACAGUACUGUGGUUAAGGCAUCACAAUUCUAUCUCUAUCGUUUGUUUGCGAGACACCACAUCUGAGGCACCACAUCCCAGUUAUCAGGGUGCACAGAAAAUAAUACUUGAAGGAGCGGACUUCGAUGGCAUGAUAGGUGACUAUUACAAUUAUUCUGAAUAUAAUGAGGAUGAAACCUGCUGCGUUGGGGCCGUGUGCGAUCAGAACCACAGCAUGGAGUUUGCUGCGGUCUUCGUCCCGGUUCUGUACUCAGUGGCUUUGGUGCUGGGGUUGGUGGGGAACGGCUUGGUCGUGGCAGUGCUGUGGCACAAGAGGCGGAGCUGGAACGUGACUGACACCUUCAUCCUGCACCUGGCGGUGUCCGACGUCCUGCUGCUGCUCACGCUGCCCUUCUGGGCUGUGGAAGCGACUCAGGGAUGGAUAUUUGGCACUGGCCUCUGUAAAACCACUGGAGCACUGUUUAAGAUCAACUUCUACUGUGGGAUCUUUCUCCUGGCCUGCAUCAGUGUCGACCGCUACAUGUCCAUCAUUCACGCGGUGCAGAUGUACUCCCGGAAGAAUCCUUGGGUGGUGCAGGUCAGCUGCCUGGCCGUGUGGCUCGUCUGCAUCCUGCUCUCCAUUCCCGACUGGCUGUACCUUACAGUUUCGUUCGAUUCCAGACGGAAUAAGACAGAGUGCGUGUAUGACUACCCCCAACCUCAGGCGAGUUGGCGUUUGGGCUUCCGUCUGCUCUACCAUGUUCUAGGCUUCCUCAUCCCUGCCACCAUUAUGGUGUUCUGCUACACCCGCAUCCUGCUGCGUCUCUGCCGCGGCUCCCAGAGCAUGCAGAAACAGAGGGCCAUGCGAGUGAUCCUGGCCCUGGUGGUGGCCUUCUUCAUCAGCUGGACGCCCUACAACAUCACCCUGAUGGCGGAUACGCUGCAAACCAACGUCAGCUCGACCUCCGACUCAUCCAGCUGCCACACAAUGACCACGCUGGACAUCACCCAGACCAUCACCUCCACGCUGGGCUACAUGCACUGCUGCGUCAACCCCCUACUGUAUGCCUUUGUGGGGGUGAAGUUCCGGCGCCACCUGGUGGAGAUGCUAAAGGCAAUGCACUGCCCGCUGAAGAGCAGGAUGGCCUCAAUUUCCCGCAGGAGCUCCAUGUGGUCUGAGACAGGGGACACCACCAACACCUCAGCCUUCUGAGGAAGUUCAAAGUGUUUGGAACACGCUUAAAUCCACAGUGACUGAAGAUUUGAAGGAAAUUUGAAUAUGUAUUUACAAAAAAAAUGUUGUAAUGUAAAAUAGGAAAAGGAAGGGUGGAGUGUUUUAUCAAACAUCCCUGUGCCUGAUGUCUUGUUGUCAAAAAAGCAUUUUUUUUCAGAGGCAUGAUGAGGUCUUUAGCUAAAACUAACAAACUAAUUAGCUUCUAGAUAUUUGUUAACUGAUCAAAACCUCUAUAAUGUAGCUUUAAAAUCUCCGAGCAUUCAUAAUUUGCUUUAUUUUGUUCACAUUCAUUAUUGUGUAUACAUUUUUAUUUCCUGAAGCUUUUGUAAAACUGUAGAGAUAUUUUUCAGCGGCUGUAGAGAUAUGUCUUUUGUAAAAAAAAAAAAAAAAAAAAAAAAAAACCUCACUGGUCUUCAAAUGCUACUGAGACAUAAUUUUUAUCUUGUAUAUCACAUAAAUAAACUGAAUUUUUUACCUUCAA